AUGGUGGCGCAAUACCAGAUGCCGGCUUACUAUAGGUCUAGCCCGCUCACCGUUGACACCUCUCAUGCGCAAAAAUAUUUCGAAGAAGAAGACAACGGCAUCCUUGACGACAACAUUUUGGAUCACAGCACCAUAGACUCAGGACUGGAAAUGUCACCGCCCAUGGCCAACAGCCGCAGGGAUUCGUUUGCUGUCUCAUCCUCGUUAUUCUCGCCCAAGACGGAAGACUGGCAGUCGGUCGACAUGCAAUCCGUACCCUCAAACAACCCCUUUCUGGAACCUCACCACCAGCACCACCACAACAACAACAGCAACAACAACCCAUUCACACGUGUUGAUCAGUCACAAGCAUACGGCGCGCAAGGACAAUGGUCUCUGGGUCAGGCUUCCGGCACAUGCACUCCCCUGCAACAGUACGACGCCCUCUCUGCUGAGUACGACAACGCCUCUCUCUUCCAGCGCCCUCUGCCCAUGCAAACCCCCUUCAGCAACCCCGGAAACCAGGUGGCACUCUUCCCAGCCGUUGGAUCCCAAAACCACUCGAUACCCACAUCGCCGCAGAAGGACUGGAUGGGUCAAGACAUGAAGAACCAGUCCAUGGCCAAGCGGAUGCGUCCUGGGAGCCCCACGAUUCGGUCUCAUAAUGAGCUCCGGCGCGGCGACGGCAUCAGGAAAAAGAACGCCAGGUUCGAUAUUCCGGCCGAACGGAAUCUCAGCAACAUUGACCACCUGAUUGCCCAAUCGACGGAUGAGCAGGAGAUCAAGGAGCUCAAGCAGCAGAAACGUCUUCUGCGCAAUCGACAGGCCGCUCUUGACUCAAGGCAAAGGAAGAAGAUGCACACGGAACGCCUCGAGGAUGAGAAGAAGCAUUACACGGUCGUCAUCAGCGGCAUGGAGGAAGAAAUUGCCGACCUCAACUUGAAGCUCGAGCAAAUGUUCCGUGAGAAGGAGUUCUACCAAAACCAGGUGGAGAAUCUGAGAAUGGAGAAGGAAGACCUGAUCGCAAAUCACACCAUCGAGACGGGCGAGUUGCGCAAGAAAGUCAGCGUGCUCACCGACCAUGUCCAGAGACUCGAGAGUGCGCCCAUGGCCAACAACAACGGCUUCUCCAACUCGUUCAAUGAGAUGGAGGGCAUGACCAUGGACGCGCCGUGGGAUAACAUGGGUUUCAUGGGUGACUUCCAGAUGGAACAAGACGACAAGCAGGAGGUGCAGAUCGUCCCGACCAAGAAGCAAGAGGUCAAUCUGCCUUCCGAAGUCGACAAACCGUCCACUCAGGGUGGGCUUCUCUUUAUGCUGUUCCUCGUCGGCGCCUUCGUCCUUUCGAACCGGUCGCCAUCGACCCCGAGUAUCCCGCGCGUGUCUGAGGAUGUGCGAGAGGCCUCAGCUACCCUCCUCGAGAACAUCUUCAAGGAUGCCGGUGUUGCCCAAAACCCCGAGAAUGUCAUGGGCCCUGCCGCUCCUCAACCCUCUGGAGCCAACUGGGCCUCGGCAUCGUCGGUCAACAUGCACGGCGUCGCUCCGUCCAUGCUAGGCCAUCUCAGCGACUCUCUGACCCAGCCGACGCAAGAGCAGUCCAAUGAGCAACUCUUCUCUCUCACCGCCGCGCAAUACAACGGAGUCAAUUCGCAGGAGUUCCUUCAGAACCCGCCCACGCGUUCAACAAGCCAGGGCCGUCGGAAUCUCGCCGACGCCCUCGCCUCUAUGCGCAAUAACGACAAACAAUCCGCGGCCGAAGUAUACACCAGAUCACUACUCUGGGAUCAGAUCCCGGGCGACGUUGUCAGGAACUUCGCCAAGAUGGUGGCCGAUGCCAACUCGCACCACGGCGCCGAUUCGAAUUCCUGA